GAAACACUAUUUGGUUUCAUAUGAAGCUAUUGUUUGCUAUAUGACUUGCUGCACGUCGUCUCUAACUCUAAAUCCACACGCCAGGUACAUCAGAGAACUCAUUGGCACGUGUUACUCUUCCAAUCAGCGCAAUCUAUUAUAACAUUGCUGCGCUUGCGCACAUCUCAGUCCUCCCGGUUCAAAAGAACUGUUGAUUUCUCCUCGUGUCCUCCCGGUGCGCGUGCGUGGAUCUCACCUCCCUAAACGCAAGGUGCUCGAGGUUCCCGUUCACAACGUCGGUCCCGUGGGGCUCUACCGUAACCGUUCGGUGUUCACUAUGACUUUUUGAGGGAAGCAUUUUUUUUUUUUUACUGGAACAAAUAGGAAUUUACAAGACCGAUUGUGUUUUAUUCUGGAUUUCACUACCUGUGAAGUGAAGAAGAUGUUUUCGUCGGUGAGUAAACGUUGUUUUAUGAUAGAAUCAUUGGUGGCUAAAGAAAACCUUCAAACUACGGAAGAUCCCAUCCGACCGACGGCACUGACUUAUUCCAACCCGACUGACGCGUUCAUGAACGGGUACCAGAGUCCCACCGGCAGGUCUCUGUAUCAGAACCCGGAGCUGGUGUUCCCUGAGUCGGUCAACCACCCGGGGCUGACCAUGAACCCCCACCAGCUAGGAGGGGGCCACCUACAACACCCUGCACACUUCUUUGGGACGCAACACCGAGACCCUCUUAACUUCUACCCAUGGGAUUUACGAAACAGGUUCUUCGGGUACAGAUUUCAAGGAAACGAUGUUUCCCAAGAAAGCCAGCUCCUCCACCGCCCAUUCGCCCGAAAACCCAAGCGCAUCCGCACCGCGUUCUCCCCGUCGCAGCUCCUGCGGCUCGAGAGGGCGUUCGAGAAUAAUCAUUACAUAGUAGGAGCCGAGAGGAAACAGCUGGCCAACAGUCUCAAUCUGUCUGAAACACAGGUGAAGGUGUGGUUCCAGAACAGGAGGACUAAGUACAAGAGACAGAAGAUGGAGGAGGGGCCUGACAGUCAUCAGAAUAAGAACGGACACCACCACAUCAACAGAUGGAGGCUUGUCACUGAGCAGGGCAGCUCCGAGGACAUCGACGUCGGACUGGACUAAGACCCCAACCCCUGGGCCUCUGCCCUACCCUCCUGGACGCCCCUGUACCCCCCCCCCCCCUUAACCCCUGGCCUGAUUCCCAUUUUGCAACACAAGAGGACCAACGUUAACCCUAGUUAUUAUGUAAAGUUAUGAAGUAUAAUGACAUGUUACAAGAAAAAAUAGAUUUUUAUGUUACUUGACUUGCAUCCAUCCUAAAUAAUGAUCUCAUGUCUGAUCUGUGUAGGUGGUGUUCCAUCCUACAGCUUCUCUGAUCUGUGUAGGUGGUGUUCCAUCCUACAGCUUCUCUGAUCUGUGUAGGUGGUGUUCCAUCCUACAGCUUCUCUGAUCUGUGUAGGUGGUGUUCCAUCCUACAGCUUCUCUGAUCUGUGUAGGUGGUGUUCCAUCCUACAGCUUCUCUGAUCUGUGUAGGUGGUGUUCCAUCCUACAGCUUCUCUGAUCUGUGUAGGUGGUGUUCCAUCCUACAGCUUCUCUGAUCUGUGUAGGUGGUGUUCCAUCCUACAUUUUCUCUGAUCUGUGUAGGUGGUGUUCCAUCCUACAGCUUCUCUGAUCUGUGUAGGUGGUGUUCCAUCCUACAGCUUCUCUGAUCUGUGUAGGUGGUGUUCCAUCCUACAGCUUCUCUGAUCUGUGUAGGUGGUGUUCCAUCCUACAGCUUCUCUGAUCUCAUGUCUGAUCUAGGUGGUGUUCCUUCCAGACUACAUUGCCGACACAUGCCAGACAUCUAGUCAGACAGGAACAGCACCACGAUCAUCUAGUCAGACAGGAACAGCACCAUGAUCAUCUAGUCAGACAGGAACAGCACCGUGAUCAUCUAGU